AUGGCCAUGGGCGCGGAAGAGGAGCAGCCGCCAGACACGAAGCAGACAAUCGUUGCUCGAUUGCUAUCCACCAAUCAGAACUUAACGACCUUGGCACGUCAUCACACAGGCUUUCGUUGUGUGCCUGAGCGCGUACGCACUCGCACCAGCUAUGCACGCCAGCUUGUCCAAUCGCGUGCAAACACAAGUGCUACUCCGCGCGCUUUCACACCAAGGCCAUACAGCGACCUUGAAUUGGCGCGUGCGCAAGUUCGUGCGUAUGUCUGUGCACGCACGCGCCACAUUCGGAUGUGUACCGUACCGGAGGACGUUGCGGUUGUCUCGUCUGCCAUCCCCUCUUCGUCCCACUCAAUCCUAACUCCCGGGGUUUUUCAGCCGAGCCGACGCAAGAGACGUCGUGAGGGCGAUAGUUUCUCGACGAAUACGCCGCCGACGACCACUCCCGCGGUUCCAGUGAUGCGUGAAAGCGAAAGUAACAACCCCGUUCUAGGCUCCGAAGCGACUACCGACAGCACACUCUUGCGAAGACUCCUGGCAGGAGCCGACCUGGCGAGCGUACGGAACCACAGUGUUCUGGUGGAUAGCAAUUUUUCACUGCGGAGAACGUCUUCCAUGUCCAUCGGUUCAUCGCGUCACCGGUCUUGUGCAUCAGACCAGACUGCUGAGGAUCUUCGUCCCAGGUGUUCUACUAUGUUUAGUCAACUGACUCUCCCUCGCAGAUCUCCUCUCGCUGGCACUCCUGAACGCGAGGAGGAAGAAUGUCCACGUAAACGAGUUAAAGACGCAACGGACGCCAACAGCAGAAGCAGCUCUCCGCUAGUUCCUGUCAAAGUUGAGUCUCGGGACCCUGAAGAACGUCCAGCUUACCACUCCCCCGAUAAUCCAGACGCUGGAGCUGUUCGAACCUCCGAAAAAUCGACGCCGAGGUUCCCAAUGAAACCCUCCAAGCGAUGGAGGCUGAAAAGUCCAACCCGACAAACGCCUUCACACAGUCUUAGUCCUCCUGCUGUUCCUAGUACCUCGCGUGCAGACUCGAGUGGUGUACUUCCAAUGCGUCCGCGAGCCCGCACAACUUCCGAGUUGGACAGGGUAUUUAGGAUGUUUACUGAACGUUUGCCUUCACAGAGCAAACAGCAGUUAGAGCGCUUCCGCGAUCUGUGCUUGCCCCUCGGUUCUGAUUGCCCCUUCGAUCCGCUAGGUAGUGGACUGCAAAUUGGUAAAUCCGUGACAACUUCCAAAAGUGAGAACAAGUCUGGAGAUUCCGGUGAUAAGGCCUCAGACAUAACAUCUCCCCUUAGCCAGCUGCUUGAGUCCACGCCACCGUUUAGUGGAGGUUCGAACACUAUUCAUACUCGCGCAAACACUACGACCUCUGUUUUUCCCUGGUCCAAUUCGGCUGCUUCUUUAAAAAGCAACACGACAUCCUCUUCGGCGGUUCGUUUAAGUCUCCCUUUCCCCGGCAACGGGUCCCUCCGAAUAAUGUCUACGACGAACCCAACGAAGCCUCCCAACUUGGAGGUGCUGGAGCUAACCAAGGCCCCAGUCGCUGCUUCGACCGCAACAGUUGACACUGUGGCUUCAAUUCUUGCUGCAACCUCCGCCUUGACAUCUUCUCGGUUCCUCCAAGGCAUCCGUGACGAACCGAUUCUAAAUUUUAGCCGAGAAGAAACCUCCAGACCACCCAUUCCCCUAUCUCUAACAACCGAUGACAUUCUCCAGUGGUCCACCACCGCGGCAAGCCAAGCCGCUGCCCUCCAGCAGUUAUUCCGCCUUCCCGAAUCUGGUCCAAUUGGGGCUCCUCCGAAUUCCCGUCCUUCUGUGGGCACAGACGACGCACAAGCCGCCCGUCUUCCUAUUCGUCUGGCAGCCGUCAACCCACUUCUACUUUGCCGCCGUGUAGCCGAAUGGAUGCUGGUCGCUAACGCGUGGACGAUGCAGAUGUGUCCGCCUUCCGCUGUUCCACCGAAUGCUCUUCUCGCCACCGCUGCAACCUACCGGUACUGCCGAUGUUCUGAGGCCGAAUUUCAAGCGGCUCCGCCCAUAACUCCCACAUUGGCGAUGCCUAAAGUUAGCCAUGCCCUGCGAGCAGUGCUUCAUCGAAUUUGGCCUCAACUCUUACUAGCUUCCAUGAUUCGGGAGAACUUUGCAUUUUCCACGGUCCCCAUCCCCCCGACGGAAUUGAACGUCCUCCUCGGAAGAGAUGCCUUGGCAAACGGCUCAGCGUCCGCGUCGGGUGCGGAAAUCAACAUCGCCAAGAUGGGAACGGCCAACGCCCUCAGAAGCCUGAUCGAGGCUGGCAAUCCACUGCUCCUCGACACCCAAGUACUUGAAUGCGUCCGGAAGUGCAUCUUUGCUCAGCAUGCCUUCCCCGCCUACUACCCCGUGCCCUACGCUACCGCGAUCGACGAGCUUCGACAGUGUUGCCACCGCUGUUCCGGUGAUGCUUCUCUCUUCAACAACGUCAUCCUCCUCAUGAAUGAGAUGCAGUCGAUCAAUCCCGAGGGCCUCCAUUGUCUCUUUUCGAUCGACAAACUCUCUGGCCUGCCGCGUGAGGCAAGCCGGGCGAAUAAUAUCGAUCGGGCGCAAGUUAGGCGGCGAAGGUGGGGCUUUGGCAGGAAAAGCGUGGCAGCCACAAGUGGUCUGCACUUCUACCGGCCUCUGGUUGCGCUCUUGUCAGGCCGUGUGACUAUUGGCUUGCCGAGUGAGGCUCCGAGCGAGUUUAGUCCGUCGUACUCCUCCGUUGAGGUUCACCAAUUUACCUCAAACUCCAGUGCCGAAUAG